AUGGCGGAUUCUCAAACGUGGGAUACGGAGCAGAGGCGCCAACAAGCAGCGAUCCGUACAAGAAUGGGAUGGAGUAAUUGCAUGCCAAACUGUGUGGAGGCGCUGUAUACGCGCUUAGAUAACAUUGCGAAGAGUGUUAGGCAUUGCAUUAGAAAGGAACCAUCUGGAGACCCCAAAACGGGGAGUUUUGCCAUACUUAAGAGCUCCCUUGUUAUCUAUAUCGUAGUAUUUUUGUUCAGCCUCGUCAUAAACAAAACAACGUUCCAUGGUAGGUGUAUAGGGCGCGUUGAUUACAGUCUUACGGACAUAAACGCGCCAUAUUACUCACCGCUGGGGUACAGCGCCUGUGAGCACAAUACCAACAGCGCGGCAGACAGCAUCAGCUUCUACUCCAACGGCGAGGACAACGGUUACCCGUCCAUAGGUGCCCUUGAGCUCAAUGCCUCAUUUUCCGCGUAUUACGGGCCCAAAUGGCGCACGCUGAACAUUCUGGGUUGCGCAGAUACCAACUAUAUAAGGCACUACGGCGAGUGGUUCCGGAUGUUUACCGCAAUCGCGCUGCACGGUGGAUGGCUCCAUCUAUUGAAUAACUCUGUGGCACAGGUCAUCAUAUUUUACGUCAUUGAGCCGGAGUGGGGAUUCCUCCGUACGCUGGUAGGGUACCUCGUUACAGGUUACGGUGGGUACCUGGUUGGCGUGGUGUUCGUGCCCUGCCUCAAGCAGGUCGGUUCUUCGGGAAUACAGUUAGGGUUCAUUGGUGCAAUAGUGCCAUAUUGCGUGGAGCAUUGGUAUGCCAUGGGCUCCCCCGAACUCAUUCUAUUCCUAAGUCUGACGAUUUUCGUGGUGGAUUUCGCUGCUAUGGACAAAACUGUCAGCGCUCACAUCCAUGUGGGCGGGUACAUUUUCGGUCUCCUAUACGGUUUUGCGACCAUCAAAUCGGUGGCUCUUUUUGACAGAGGUGUUCCUUAUCAGCGUUUUGUGAUAAGGUACUUCUCUAGAUGGAUGAGUGAUGCCAAGAAGGCACAGUACAUUCGCGCUAUUGCCAAAUCGAGCCAAAGUGAAGCACUUGCCAGGUUCCAAUACGAGUCCGAAGCCAAGGCCAACGAGCGGCAUUGGGGUUGCAUCAAACAUAUAAUGGGAAUUUAUCCAUUCGGUCCACAUCGCAUGAGGCGUCGCGACAUCAUUACUAGGGUCACAGCGCUCACCAUUAUGGCAUUUAUGGCGCUAUUCCUAUUCCUGGGAUUGUACGAUGAAUCUACAUAUACAAGCGUAAUCACAAACAUGACGGGUAUAUUCAGCAGUGCGUGCACUUGCUGUUACAUCAAAAGAGAUGCAACUAAUGCAUACCAAGCACUUCAAGUUGAGUUUUUGAAGGGGAGAUACUUCUGUUUUAGUUCUAUAGAAUACGCUGAACGCUACUGCGUGGAAUUGUAG